GAGUGACUCACUGCAGCUGAGUGAAAAUGGGGGAAACUAAACUUCUGGCCACUCCCCCUCUCUAACUUCUCUUCCUAUGUAUCCACUGCUAAAGCCACUUUCUAUCACUCUAAAUUUCAAACUUCUGCUUUAAAUCCUGGGAAACUCUUUUCAACUUUCUGCUCCCUAGAAUCAGUGGUGAGAAGCUGCUCAUACCUACUGCCUUUCAGUUUGAGUAUUAGUCAGCAUUUCACAUUCUAGAGGAACACGACGACUAUAGGAAAAGCUAACAUUUCUGUUACCAGAAAGCACCUGGAUUCAGGCGAGCUGGAGACAUUUCAGUGGUACUUAAAGGGGCAUGUGUUGGAUGGAUUUCCUAGCAUCCCAAAGAGCCAGCUGGAGAAUGCUAACAGACAGGUCACAGUGGAUAAGAUGGUGGAGAGUUACAGCGAUGAGGGAGCUGUGCGAAUCACACUGGAUAUCCUGAGGAAAAUGAACCUGAACAAUCUCUCAGAAAAUUUUGAGAAGAACUACAAAGCAGCAAUCUCUCGUAAGCGGUUAUGGAAGCAGGCUGAGAGGGAUGAACUGAAUGAGGAGGUCCCAAGCGGCUCAUAUGAACUGUCAUCUGUGACUGAUGGGAAGCGUGGUCGUCUGGUGUCUGUGACCUCUAGGCUGGGGGAAGAGCUGGAGGAUCUGGGAAAGAAGACACAGGCUGAGUGGGAUGAGUUGAUCAGGGACUCAUCUGGAAUGUUGGCCCCGUCUAGGGUGGAGCAUAAUCAACUGGAGAUCACUAGGCUGAAGGAGAAGCAGAAGGAACUAAUCAUGAAGGAAACCCAGCUUGUUGAGUGUAUGAUAGUGGUUGUUCUGCAGCGACUUAAUGAAGUAAAGCUGCAGCAGUUUCAGUGGCACCUGACUAAGGGGAAGUUGGAAGUCUUCGAUCCCAUUCCAAAGGACCAGCUGAAGAAAGGUGACAGGAAAGACACAGUGGAUAAGAUGGUGGACAAGUACAGUCCUGAGGGAGCUGUGGGAAUCACAGUGAAGAUUCUGAGAAAGAUUAAGCUAAACGAUCUCGCUGUUGAGUUAGAAAAUAACUACAGAGAAGCUGACGGAGCAAAAGGACAUGUUAAUGGGGAAAGUCGAUUCCUCCACUCAAACUCUGGCCACCUCUCCAACACACCAUCAUAGCUCAGAAUGGAUGCCGCCAAUCUAAUGUUUCUGGAAAUAAGAGCUUUGGUGUAAAUUCGAUUUUUUUAAAUGUUUUGUUUAUUUAUAUUGAAUGUGAAUGUUGAAUAUUGAAUGUGUUUGACAAGACAGACGAAGAGCAUUACAUUUCCUCAGUUAAGAACUUAGGUGAUCAAGGCAACAUCUUAUCACACAAUCUUAUGAGCUGAUAUGGUGUCUGUUGGACACCAUUGGACAUAAGCACAACAUUUUUUAUGAAGAUGUACAUACACCAUUUACUGGCAGUAAAAGUGUUGCAUAAGUAAAUCAUUUCAUUAUUUCUCAGUCUUUUAGAAUGAGUUACUUGUUAUAUGUGUGCCCGAUGCCACCAAUCAUCUCUGAUUCUCUGCUGGGCGCGCAAUGUCAAGUGCGGAAUAUUUAGUGUGGCCUCAUUCAAAUAAUCCAUAGCCUAUAGCCUAUACGAAGUGCAUGCUCGGGGAAGCACAAAUUAAAUUUCUAAGAAAAUGUACUUCCUAAAUAUGAUAGGCUAUUUACGUUGACUGGAAAUAAGUAUUGAUUGGCUACAUUCAUUUGUCUAUGUCAGAUGUGUGCGUACUGGUAGUGAAGUCAGGUGCAGGAGAGCAGAGAUUUGGCGCACACUUUAUUUAGGCAAAAGUGCAAAAUACGCAAAACCGUCACAAGAAUUAUGUUUAACAAUAAACAUGGUUUGUGAAAAAUAACACGGAAAAACAAGCCAGUCUGGCGCGUCAACAAUACACAGGUAACACAAAAAAAUCUUACACAAAGACAUGAUGGGGAACAGAGGAAUAAAUACAUAUAGAAUGAUUGGGGAAUGAAAACCAGGUGUGCAGGGAACAAGACAAAACAAAUGGGUACAUGAAAAAGGGAGCAGCGAUGGCUAGAAAGCCGGAGACGUCGACCAUCGAACGCCGCCCGCACAAGGAGAGGAGCCGACUUUGGCGGAAGUCGUGACAGUCUAGGCCUGUGAAUCGUAGGUUACUCCUCCUGGAUGUUAUGCAAAACUUUGCAAGUCAAGGGAACAUUUUCAAACAAUCUAUGUGCACAAAUUUGGAAUUAAAUAUUGAUAUGCUGCUGGAAUCGGGGCUAGUUGUCUGUCCCAGUGCCAUAGACAUCGGGAGUUUGACAAACCCUGUUUAAGAUAAGAAUUCUCAUUUUAUUUUCAUGCUAGCACCAAGAGAUCAACCCGGAAGGUUGUAGGCUAUAACGGAUAAGGAGAGUGAGGUUGUCUGCUGUGGUCUGUGAACCCACAACCUUCCGGGUUGCAGCCCUCUGCGCUAUCAAAAAUGCUAUUGUAAUCCUUGAAAGUACUGUUUGCUUUUAAAAUAAGUAAAGGGUUCAAUUGGGCUGUGCACUCCUAAUAACCUCAAUGUCUUAAUAUGUAUUACUGUAGUAAUCACACUCAUGAAAUAGUAUGAAUUAUCCUCUUAUAUUAUUUUCUUUCAGGAGUAAUUAUUUUUUAAUAAUGACUUUAUGGUGUGAAAUUUAACAAUACAGAUAAUGAAUCAACAAUUAAUUCAAUCAAUACAACAACAAAAAGUCCUAAGUUGUACACAAGCACAACCAUGAAUUUGUCCAACGUAAGUAUGUUGGAUUUUACUUGCAUGAAACAGUUCAGCGGUGAUGAAUUAAAGGAAUUCUUGCAGUCUGUUGUGGUCCUUGACGUCCACAGAGCUGUAGAGUAAACCAGUCGAAUCCCACAAGGGGAGCUCCAACCAAUGAUUUAUAUAUAUGUACUAGA